UGAUAUUACAGCAGUUUGAUUUAAGUCGUAGUAAUUGCUUUUUCUAACCAUUCAGGGAAGCAUUGCCUUCAUCUGGAGCCCACCUUUAGAGACAUUUCUACUACAGUUGUUAAUUAUAGGGGAGAUUUGGAGAUUAACUGUUGAAUGUUAAUGUCUGUUUGGUUAUUAUUAGUUGGUACAGGUGACAUCAGUGAGCUAUAAGAAUUGAUAUUCAGAUACAUGCCACCACCAAGAGUAAUCCGUGAAUACACUGCAUGUGUUCUGGGCCAUGUGCCACAAACUUCCUGAACUGUUGACCUCCUAGGUCAGGAUCAGCUACUCUGGACCGGGUGUGGUGCCAGUGAGGAUGGACCUCACCCCAGGAGACCACAAACACAGUCAGACCCAGGAAAAGAAUCAGGAUCAUAGCACAGUUACUAUAUGAACCUGGUGCAUAGGCAAAGUUUAUAUUUAAAUGAUUGAAAAAGAUCCGUUGGCCUUUCUAUCCAAUGUCAUUGACCACAGGAUGGCAUUCGACGAGGACGAACCAGAUCAUGAUUUGCCAGACAAGAGUGUCGCAAAGGAGUUUUAUGCUCGUUAUGAACCCAAGGAAAUCCUUGGAAGGGGGGUCAGUAGUACGGUGAGAAGAGUGAAAGAGAAAUCAACUGGUAGAGAAUUUGCUGCAAAGAUUAUAGACAUAAGCUGUGAAAAGUCUACAGACCAUCAGGCAGAAGAAUUAAAAUCUGCAACAAAGAAAGAAAUCAACAUUCUGCGCAUGUGUGCGGGCCACCCACAUAUAAUUGAACUCCAUGAUGUUUUUGAGUCUCCUACCUUCAUCUUCUUGGUAUUUGAAAUAUGCAAGAAAGGAGAGUUAUUUGACUACCUUAAUCAGGUAGUCACAUUGUCAGAAAAAAGAACAAGAAUCGUCAUGAAACAGUUGCUUGAUGCUGUAGAGUUUAUACAUGACAAGAAUAUUGUUCAUAGAGACCUCAAGCCAGAAAAUAUCCUCUUAGAUGAUAAUAUGAAUGUGAAGUUGUCAGAUUUUGGUUUUGCCACAGUUGUUAGUAAUGACAAUGAACUCUUUGAUUUAUGUGGCACCCCAGGGUAUCUUGCGCCUGAAGUCCUGAAAGUGUCCAUGUUUGAAGAUGUGUCAGGAUACGGCAAACCAGCUGACAUGUGGGCCUGUGGUGUUAUCAUGUAUACUCUACUGGUAGGAUGCCCUCCUUUUUGGCAUAGGAAGCAAAUGUAUAUGUUGCGCGCUAUUAUGGAUGGAAACUACAAGUUUAGUAGUCCGGAGUGGGAUGAUAUUAGUGAAGUUGCAAAGGACCUGGUCUCUAGGAUGUUAGUAACCGACCCUAAACAAAGGCUCUCUGCCACACAAUCACUUGCGCACAAUUUUUUUACUGACGACAAUGCCAAUCAGGAGAUUUCAAAGCUGCUAGUGGUUGACCCCUCUAAUAGACUGACAUCCAAAGAAGUCUUAGCACAUGAAUUCUUCAGUAGAACGAUUCUAGAAAAGAAAACAUUUUAUCCUUUGAGAGUAUUCAGGGCUGCAGGUAUGGCAGUAAAAGCACUUAUACGUUUGAAAAGACUGCGCACACAUCCACCACCCAUCAACUUAGAGACUGUAUGCAAUGAUCCCUAUGCCAUAAAAGCAUUCAGGAAAAUCAUAGAUGGCGGUGCUUUUAAAAUCUAUGGACAUUGGGUGAAACGAGGAGAGGAGCAGAACAGAGCAGCGCUGUUUGAGAUCACACCUAAAAGGGACUUGAAAAAUAGUAUGUCAAUAGAGAAGAGGUGAUCAGGAUAUAGAUGCUAGUCGGUGAUAAUGUAUUUUUAAGAAAAGUCCACCUGGAAAGGAUUUUUUUAUAAAAUUGACGGAACUGCUGGAUUGUUCUUGUUGACAUUUUUAUUGUUGUUUUUGUUUCACUUUUUAUGCUUGAACACAGUGUGUGGCAUAGGGGAAAUACUAAUAUCAGUAUUUUUCUUUCAUAAUUAUUAUUAUUAUUGAAGUCAAUUGUGAACAGCACUGACCACAUUCAUGGCUAUGUUAGAUAUACAGUUUGGUGAGCAGCGAAUGCCCUUUCAAUUUCCAACAAGAUUAUGUCAACCUUCCUUGAUCGAAGAAAGCCAAUCUUCUUUUUACUGGAGAGCUUCCAUUCUUAUGAUUAGCACCUUGGCACGCGUAUGGGUCAUGUCUUUUUUCUCUGGUUAGAGUAAGGUUACUUGCACUUCAUUCACAGAGCUAUUGUUUUAUGGUUGCAGCAUAAUCUCAUGGUGGUAACAAGUGAAGUAAAUUUUAGUGGAGACAUGAUGAAGUUUGUAGAAAUGUUCCAGCAUCACUGCAGCUAUGCAUUUCAGUUAAAAUGCACAACUAAAUGUAAUGUUGUUGUUGAAAUUUUACACCAGUUUUGGGGUUCAUUUCAUAUCUUUUCAUGAAGUGGUAUUUUCCCUUGCUUGUUGGUAGUUACUUUGAUUGAAAAAAAAGUUUCUUUUUUUAAUAGUCAUUUUUUUUGUUGAUAGUUUUACUGACUUAAAAGUUAAUUGUGUUAAAUAUUGGUUUACAGCAUAUGUUAGUUGAAAUAUUAGAGGCACACUUUCCAGUAGGUAGGUGUUUAAUUUUUAGUGCCCUUUGUGGCAAGAAAGUGAACAGUAAAAAGUGUAUUGUGUGUAAAAUAACUGGUUAUGAUGCUGCUCUCUGUACUUAUAAGGAGCUGUUUCUUAAAAAAAAAGUUGUAGUUUUGGCUUCAUGAUGGCAGUGUAGAUAGAACAUGUUGCAUAGUAGACCAUCAGGUGGGUCACUUUUCAACCCAGUACUUUUUUAUUUUAUUUAUUUAUUUAUUUAUUUAUUUAUUUAUUUAUUUAUUUAUUUAUUAAGGCAGAAGAACAGAAGUUGUCAUAAUCUCCCCUAUGUGAAGCUAUUUAUGUUAGACACAAAUAACGUUGGCUAUACUUCACAAUGAACAAUGUUGUGACCAGUAAAUGUUACUUUUGAAGUAAAUAUAGGGAACUCCCAUGUAUUACAACAUUCUUACUGUUUCCUCAUAUGUAGAGUUAUAAAAGUAGUGUAUAAUUUGAUAUAUCUGCCUGCAUACCAAAAAAUCACCAGUCAGAGGCGCUCCUUCCAAUACUCACUUUGAAUCAUUAGCAUGAUAACAAAUAAGUCAUCAAUUAUACCUAAUUUAAAAAAGGCCUCUCAAUGAGAUGUCUUCAUUAUUUAUGAUCAUCAUAACUUAUUAUUUAUUAUUAUAUAUGGUUUUGCAUGGUGUUUAAUCAAAUGGCCUUAUGAUCAGGUGAAAAUAAUUAAAGACAUUUAAGGUUUAAUGAGGUGAUUAUAUAGUAUUUCCAUCUUUUGGUUGCAUUAGGUAAGACUGGGGUCUAUUUGGUCAAAGAUUAUCAUAAAGUGAUAAAAUGUAGAACAAAUAAUGGAAUGACUUAAACAUUUGGAUUCUUUUUUAUUCAAUGAAAAGUUUUAACUAAUGCUUUCUGAAAAGCAGUAAUAAGCAUUAUUAUGAUUGUGGAUUGUCUUUUAAUGCGUCUGUAUUUUACAAGUACUUUUAAACAAAAUUAGCAUUCAAGGUAAUCUCUAAUUUAUUUUAACAGUCUCCGUAUUUUUCAGUUCUUAUAACCUAUCAGCAGUCAAAUUAUUUAAUCUUUUCAGUACUAUUGCGUUCACCUUAAGACAGUGUCAGGUUUGGUUAUUUGCCAAUACCAAAUAAACCAGUAACAGUAAGCCAAGGCGCCAUUCCAUGUUUGUUUAUGUCUAUUUUUUUCCUAAUAAAUCGUUGACAUUGAAAAAUAAA